ACAUAGCACAGCAGGCGUGGGAGCGUCGAAACGGCAGAGAGGCGAGAGAGAGAGGGAUAGGGGGAGAGAGACGAAGCAGUGCCAACGUGCCAAUAGCAGCAGCGAGGAUGGUGCGCUCGAAGGAAUCCAUUAAGGUGGCAGGCCGGGUCGAAAGCGUGGACAUUUCAGACGACAUGAUUGUGGUGGCGACAUCCAAUCUCGGCGGCAACACUUGGGAUUCAUCGCUUCAAGUGCUAGAUUUCUCAACGAAAGAGGUGGUUGCGUCGGUGAAGCAGCAGUCCGGCUGCGCAGACGUCUGCUGGAUUAAAUCUGAGCGACGCGCAGUCUCAGCAGGAGACAACGGGGAUGUGAAGGUAUACAAGAUGGACGAGGAAGCACCAGCGCGGCUGGUGGAAGUAGCGAACCUUGAAGAGCACGACGAUAUUGUAUCGAGUGUGGCGGCUUGUCGAUCGCACGAUGGGCUCGUGUUGUCGGGUGGCUACGAUCGCAGUGUUAACGUCUGGGACAUCGACAGCGACAGGGAUACUUCGCUAGAUACCUUCACAGGGCAUAGUGGCUAUGUGACCGGAGUGGAGUGGAGUGCUGGACAGGAUGAUAGUCAAGUCUUUGCAUCAUCGUCAACCGACUGCAGCGUGCGAGUGUGGGAUCGCAGGCAACCUCAAGGCUGCUUGGCGUGUCACUGGUUUGGCGUACCUGCACUUUCGAUAUCAUGGGACCACUGCUCCGGAGAGCUUCUCGCUGUAGGUUGUGAAGACGGAACUGUGGCUGUCCUGGAUAGACGGACACUCUCUUCUCCACUGUUCACAGAGCAAACGCAUACAGGUCGUGUGAAUCAAACCGCGUUCGGGCCAGCUCCUUCUGGUGGUGGUUCCGAAGCUUCUGGCCUACUUGCAUCUGUGGGAGAUGACGGUGUCUUGGCAGUGCAAAGACUCGGGGACAACUCCAACCACAGCCGGUCUGCACUGCACACGGACUACGCUCAAGCCCUCAGCUGGAGUGAUAAAAAUAAUUUGGUCAGCGGCGGGUGGGAUGCUGCACUCUGGGCGGUGGAGUUAGAGCAGACAAGGGUGAACUUGGGGUGAAUGCCUUGAAAUGUCUGGGCAAGGUGUAAAGACAAAUUAUCCCUGAAAAGACUAUCUCUCCCUGAUGAUCCAAUCCUACCGGAAGGCUUAUCCUUGAUGACAGGUGUGUACCGCUGAAACUUUUGACUGGUUGGCGCGUGGCAACCAUCAGUUUUAAGUAAAAAUCAGAAAUCACUUAUCCAACAAAAAUUCAACCUGAAGAUUCUCACAGAGUCAAGAGGUUGCCAACAUCUCUGAACCUUUCAUACGGCGAGGAAGAUGGAAGCAGUUUUUCGCCGAAAAAGAAGUGAACGGAUUUGAGGUUUUGCACGCAGAUAUCUCACCAAAGUAUUGAGGCUAGGUGUCGAGUGGUAUUCCGAAGGUUUCCAAGCCUGGGAUAUCUCGCUCGGGAUAUGAUAAGCCCCUUUCGGAGGGCCUCUGUAAAAGACCUUGCGAUGCCAUGGCUUGUAGCGCACGGCCUCCACUCGUAGAAGGGAGAAGACUGCAUCUCAUCGGCAUCAUCGGAGGCCAUGGCCCUCCGCAACUCAAAGAGGUUUGGAGGCAUGAUGUGCCGCACGUAUUCUAGAAAAGGCGCACCCCGAAGAAAUCGAACUCCACAAAGCGGUUGAAGGUUGUUUUUUGGGAAAUGGACACAAGUGGGUAUAUACCCAACCAAUUCUCGGACAAAAGUGGGUACUCGAAAAAUCCAGCGCGCGCGCACUCCAUAGGCGCCCCCCCAAACGACUCAAAACCCCAUUCUGACACCUGCACGACACAGCCAGGGACCAUACACAGCACGGGCAUCGGUUUUUUCCCACUUUCAGGCACACCUUUGGCCCUAAUACCGCCGAGGCGCGCAGGGCCUCACCGGAGUGCCCACUUCUGUCCGACAUCGCGGUGGGUAUACCCACCGGCGUCAACAACUUUUUUCAUGUACCCACUUUCGUCUCUGUUUUGACCCACUUUUGUCCAAAUUGUACCCGCUUGUGUUCACUUACGGACGGCGGAAAUCGAGCGGAAAUCGACCUCCACGUCACCGCACGGCAGAACAUCGAAUAGCCUCGGAACGUCUCAGAACCUCCCAACACCGUAUCUAUGGCAUGUUUCGUAUCCAUGGCUGCCGACUGCAGACCGAACGCGGAGGAACAUGUCAGCCACACGCCAGGCCCCUUCGGUACCGGCACGGUAGGGUACCAGGCACGGGAAGGUGCUCGCGGCAAGCCCGUCAAGCAGCGCACACACAACGGUCAACACAACCAACGGGCGCGCAUGCAACAAACGCGCAUACAGCAACAAUACACGUACACGAAACCACCAACCACCACCACGACGAGUGCACACCGACUCGUCAAGGCGGCAGCAGCAUGCCGAUGCAGUUUACCCUGCAGGGCGCCCGCUCAGGGUCAAGCGCGGGCGCACCUCUGUCAACUGCUGGCGGCGUCAUGGUUGAAGUGGUAACUUUUGCGACGGUUUUUAAGGGAUAUCAAGCCGGAUUUUCACGUCGCAUACACAAUAUGAAUGUUGAGCAUAUGAAUACCCUAUUACUAUAAUGUUACGUGGCAAACUGCAUCGACAUGCUGCUGCUGCCUUGACGAGUCGGUGUGCACUCGAAAAAUUAGGGCAAGCCCGGCAAGCAGCGCACUAACGGCAAACGCCACAAAUAAAUACGUGACACACAACGGUCAACACAACCAACGGGCGUGCAUACAGAACAAAAAGAUGCGCUCAAAACAAUAACGCGUAAAAACACCAAAAUCUACUAUGCACGUGAGGCGACAUGUAGUGCAUUUAUUCGCUUAUUUGUAGUGUGGUAUGCCAAUAUGGGAAUAUGCGGCCUACAGUGUUGGCCCACAUUCGAUUCCUACCGCUGUCCCCCUAAACUAGUAGUGCUUGGAAGUUCGUGCGUGCAAAGUAUGAAACUAUGUGUAUGCCAACUCUUUCAUUCUCCGGAGUACGCAACGUGCGGCCAAUUUUUUCCUUAAACCGCCAUCCACACAGUAGCAGCGAACGAACGUAGCGUAGCGAACUCCGUUUCGGUCUCUUAUUCGGUUAGGUUUUCUAGGGGAUAUCAAGCCGGAUUUUCACGUCGUAUUCACCAUAUGCAUGUUGUGCAUAUGAAUACCAUCAUGUGGUUACGUGGUAAACUGCCUCGACAUGCUACUGCUGCCCUCACGAGUCGGUGUGCACUCGUCGUGGUGGUGGUUGGUGUUACGUGUGUGUGUUGUUGCUAUAGUCUAUACGCAUCUUUUUGUUCUGCAUGCACGCCUGUUAUUUUUGCUGUCCGUUGUGUGUCACGCAUUUAUUUGUGGCGUUUGCCGUUAGUGCGCUGCUUACUGGGCUUGCCGUGAGCACCUUCCCGUGCCUGGUAUCCUACUGUGCCGGUACCGAAGGGGCCUGGCGUGUGUCUGACAUGUUCCUCCGCGGUCGGUCUGCAGUCGGCAGCCAUGGAUACGAAACAUGCCAUGGAUACGGUGUUGGGAGGUUCUGAGACGGUCCGAGGCUAUUCGAUGUUUUGCCGUGCGGUGACGUGGAGGUCGAUUUCCACUCGAUUUCCGCCGUCCGUAAGUGAACACAAGUGGGUACAAUUUGGACAAAAGUGGGUCAAAACAGAGACAAAAGUGGGUCCAUGCAAAAAAAAUUGUUGACGCCGGUGGGUAUACCCACCGCGAUGUCGGACAGAAGUGGGC